UGAAGCAAUCAUAUGGUAGAUGACAUUUAUUUGUCAAAAUAAAAAAAAAGGCUUUAAAGUGACAUCAAAGUACGUGAGUUGACAAAUUUUCCACAAAUCUAUUUUCCGUUGAUUGGAUUUUCUUGGUCCAGUUCCAACUAACUUUCCGCAAACAUCAUCGGACUUUUAAUUUUGUCAAUAUUUUCGCAAUAAAAAACCAAGGCCAAAGACGACAAAGGAAAACCAAAAAAGUGAAAAUUCCAUCUCACGGCUGCGCAUUUUGCGUCAGAGUAACCAGCUGUUGUGAAGUUUCAGCUGAUCUUUGUUUUUGGGUGGUGUAUUUCUCUCAAAAAUCCUCGAUAAUCCCUCAAGCCAAAACCGGGGUUUUCCCCUGAGCAUGUUCCCGAUUAAUCGCACUUAAAGCAAAAGUUUCGUGGAUGAAUAAAGCAAAUAAAUCUCGGGAAUUGUAAUGACGUAAUAGAUGUACCGUUGAAAACAAAGGCUUCUAAAUCGGUUCUCCGUUAGCGUUAGCAAAUCUGGACGUGGAGCGGUCCAACCGGCCAGCAAAAAUAAGUCUGGAUAGUGAGUCGUCGGGAGAAGACGGUGGAUCCCCGCCGUGCAAAAAGUCCCGUAAGGCUGACGACGACGAUCCAGCGCCUGCUGAGAUGCAGUCCCCUAACAAUGGAUGCGUGCAAAACGGAACUCCGUCAUGCAGCAACGGGACCGCCGAAAACGGACACACGGGGGCCGACGGGGACUCCCCUGAAGUCGCUCUUACACAGACCAGUCAAGAGAUUGUCAGGCUGAUUGGGCAGUAUCUCAAAAAUGAGGGGCUCAUGAGGACCUGUGAAUCUUUAAUGUCAGAAUCGGGCUGCAGACUGGAUCACCCAGCUGCAGCAAAAUUUCGUCAACAUGUCAUGGAUGGUGACUGGACCAAAGCAGAUCAUGAUCUGCAGGAGCUUAGAAUGUUGCUGGGAGAUACUACGAAUGUUCUGGAUAUGAAAUUUCUUCUUCUGGAACAAAAGUACCUGGAGUAUCUGGAAGAUGGACGCGUUCUGGACGCCUUGCAUGUGCUGCGCAAUGAACUGACACCUUUGCAGCACAACACAGGCAGAGUUCACCAGCUGUCAAGUUACAUGAUGUGUUCUAGCACCGAGGAAUUGCGAGGACGCACCAACUGGGACGGUAAAGGAACAAAGUCCCGUAGCUUGCUGAUGAACAAACUCCAAUACUUCUUCCCGCCAACCGUGAUGUUGCCGCCUAACAGGCUGCGCGAGCUGCUCAGCCAAGCAUUGGAGAUGCAGGCUUUGCGGUGCAAUCUUCAUAACACAUCUCAACCCGUCACUUUACAGAACCAGUCAUUGUUGGUGGAUCACUGCUGUCCGACAUCUGCGUUUCCGAUACACACUGUUCAGGUUCUGAACGACCAUUGUGACGAGGUGUGGUUCUGUCAAUUCUCACCGGAUGGCAGCAAGCUGGCGACCGGGUCCAAGGACACAAACGUCAUUAUUUGGGACGUGCAUCCAGACUCGUGUACUGUCACAUUGAAGAAAGUACUCGAGGGACACAAUUAUGGUGCCGCCUACCUGUCUUGGAGUCCAGACUCGUCUCACCUGUUAGUCUGUGGACCUGAGGAAAGUCCUGAGGUGUGGCUGUGGAACGUCGAAACCGAGAAUUUCCUCAAAGUCACACAGUCUCCUGAAGACGCCCUUACUUCCUGUGCUUGGCACAAAGAUGGUACAAAAUUUGUUGUGGGCGGACAGCGAGGCCAUUUUUACCAAUGCGACUUGGAAGGGAACGUUCUCGAUUCGUGGGAAGGAGUUAGAGUCCACGGUCUGUGGUGCAGGAAGGAUGGAAAGACUGUCCUGGCAGCCGACGCGCAUCGCAGGAUCAGAGGGUACAUUUUCGAGGAGGUCUCGGACCAUCAAGUAAUCCAAGAAGACUACUCGAUCCAGUCGUUCACAGUGGACAGAAAAGACCGAUUGGCCUUGCUGAACGUGGCCACGCAGGGUGUCCACUUGUGGGACCUGAACGACAAAUGCCUAGUCAGGCGCUUUCAGGGUGUUACUCAGGGACAUUUCACCAUUCAUUCCACGUUCGGCGGUGCGAAUCAGGACUUUAUCGCCAGCGGUAGCGAAGAUAAUCAGGUAUACGUGUACCAUAUCCGCAACGAGCAACCGAUCGCCGUCCUAACGGGCCAUUCCAGGACGGUGAACAGCGUAUCCUGGAACCCGGUGCACCACCACAUGAUGGUGUCCGUCUCGGACGACUGCACGGUGCGCGUGUGGGGCCCCGAGGACAAGGCUAUGAAGCCGCCGGCCGCCUCAGGUACUGCCAGUUCCAACACUGCCAACUCCGCUUUCAUUUCCAGCUGAGAGGGACUGAUGGACGGGUCGGAGCAAACGCAGGCGGUCUUCGUGUGAUUUUAUGUUUUAAUAGAAUCGAAGGAGGAUAUUUUGCGUUGUAGAGGAGAGGAUUUUCGGUCGUCGUUACGGUACCAGUCAUCUAGCGAGGCGGGAUUAGAAUUUCUUUUGGUUUUACUUUGCAGUUAUCCCAAUACUAAUUCAGUUAUAAAUUCUUGGGGCGGAUUGCGGAUUCGGUCUAUUUCUUUAUUUAAAUUAACAUACAAUGUACAAUUUAAAACAUAAAAACAAUUCAGGCUGUUAAAGUUAAAGUAUGUACCAGUUUAACAGACGAUUAUUUGAGUGACUUUUUAAGGCAAAAAUUUCAUAUAAAUACAGGUCCGCAAAUUCUUCGUUCUCAAGAUACAGAGUGUUAAAAUUAAAAAAAAAUGUUUUUUUCGUAAAUUUCUUAAAUAUCAUUUGCCGAAUUUGCAUUUUGCUUAGUUUUCGAGAGAAAAAAAUUCCACCUAAAUGGAUAGUGGAAUAUGGAGAAAAGUUUCUUUUGGGAUUUUUUUAUUUAUUAUUAAUUAUGUAAUAACAAAUAAACACGCAAUUAAAUCACAUUACAUCAAAAUAUAAACGAAUAAAAUUCAACUAAACUAAUGACCAUAUUCUUUGUGUGGUCCAAGGAUAUGCGAUUAAGUGGAUUUUUUUUCUCGAAAAUUACUCAAGUACAAUUAGUAAGCGCAUGUCACUUUGACAGAUUGUACGAUAAAAAUCUUAGCCUGACCCUAUGAAAAACAAAGAUUUUGGAAAAGUGGCGAUUUAGUUCUCAACAUACUCUCCUUUUAACUUGACCCAGCGAUUCUCUAACAUUUUUAACCCGUCUGAAAGAUGCUUUUUAUGGAGGUCCGCAAAGUAGGCCUCCGUGGCGGCGAUAACCUCCUUAUUCGACUCAAAUUUCUGCCCGCUGGUGACUUUUUCAAGUUCGGAAACAAAAAAAGCCACCCGGGGCCGAAUCUGGAGAAUACGGUGGAUGGAGCGGCAGUUCGUAGCCUAACUCACCAAAUCAUAUAAAUAUCACGACAAACUUAAGGGGAAAGUCCACCUAAAUGGAUCUUUUAUGUCGGUAUGUAAACAUCAAAUAACUUUGAAAACGAAAAACUGAUUUCUAUAUAUCGGGUAUUUUUAUUAAAUAUUGGUCCUUUACAAUUUAUUGGGACUAGUUUUCGAACACAACAUCUAUCAAGUGGCCACCUUUAUUGGCCAAAACAAAAUGUGCCCGGGUUCAAAUCUGGAGACUUGGGUGGCCGGUCAAUGUCACCUCUUUUUGACAUCAGACUUCCAGGGAAGUUUCGUUGCAGAAACUGGAUUGUUUCUUGCUGAAACCAAUAACCAUCAAGACCUUUUUCACGCAUUUGUGGGCAGACAUAAUGAGCCAACAUCCACCGUUAUCGAUUUCCAUCGACUGUUUCGUUUUCGUUGAAGAGAAAUGGUCCAAUGGCGCAAACGCCGGCCCGAACAUAGACUUUCCGGUCAUGCAACGGGAUUUUCCGUGCUCCAAAUGCGGCAGUUUUGCUUAUUAACGCCGCCAGAGAGCGUGAAAUGGGCCUCGUCGGUCCUAACAAUUUGCUUCAAAAAAUCAGGUCAGCAUCAACCAUACAAGCGACUGUUUGGGCGUAUUCCAAGCGACGUGGACGGUCAGUUGGCAAUAUUUUUUGUGUUAACUGCACCUUAUAAGGAAACAAAUGCAAAUCAUCCUUCAAAAUGCGCCGCAACGUGGUUCCACUGAUGCCGAAAUGCUGAUCUAGGUGACGAUGCGACACUUUUGAGUUCUGGCCAACGCUGUCUCUGAGCGCUUCAACCAAUUCAUUGGUACGUCUUGGUCGUUGAUGAAUGGUAUGUUGACGAUCUCCCACUGUCCCGUACUCAAGAAGAUGGUGUCUGUUUGCCACGAUAUUUUCGACGAUGUGCACGUUGCGUUACCACAACUGGACGACGAUUUUCAAUUUACAAUGUGACUAUUUCGGCGCGUUGUUGCGGUGUAAAGCGAUUCAUGACUAAAAUUGUAGUAAAUUGACGUUUCAGAAACACGUAUAGCCAAAUCACUCGGUAAAUAUCAGUUUCAAAACCGACACAAAAGAUGGCGCACCCGGUACUUAUCGCACCGCCCUCGUAUAUUCGCAUUUGCUCAGAAAAAUAUUCUCAUUGUGUUUUUUGCAUAUCUUUAUUCAAAAAAGGACCUUUUUGACGAAUCUGCGUGUGGCCAGGCCCAAAAUAGCGACAAGCCAUCAGGAGACUGGUACCAAAAUGGCGAACGAGAACACCUCCCCCUCUAUGAUAGUGUUCUAAUUUAUCCUGAACAUUGACGAUUAGUUCUGAUAAUUCUGAUCUGUUGUAGUGACUUCGGAUAUCGGCGAGAGAAACGGUACUUGGAACAGCAUGAUUUCAUAGUACAACUACAGGUACAACAGACCGAAUGAACUGUGAACUAUUUUUCGUCCGUCAUGUUAGGUGCAUCUCACGCGUAUAUUAUUUCGAAAAUCGCGACAUUUAUGAGUAAUUUUAGGAGGGUGGUUCGAACAGACGAUAGAUUUAUUUCAUAUUUUCCAGCACGAAAACAAACGGUAGAGUACGUUGAUAGAUUGUUUAACGUUCCAUCUAAUCCAAUUGAAAGCCAUGCCUGCGCAACAGUAAGCAAAGCGGAGAAGAAGGGUCCUACUAUUUCAGACACAAUUGCAAAAGUUUUCAGAUUUCAGCUAGAACGCGAAGAAAGUCACACCGGGAAGAAAAUGUGUUCUUUGUUCGAAAAUUUUUAUUUUUUCAGAAGAAUCUCGUAUGAAUUUAAAUCCGUUACAAUUCGUUGAAUAAACUACUUGCAACGUUGAAAUACUUUUGUACGCAGAAAACAAACCAUUAAUUAUACAGGUACAACAUACAAAAAAUGGUAUGUGCCACUAUAUUUUUAGAAUGAAAAAUUGGAAAUAUGUAGAUAGAUAUGCUUCAAAAGUCUGAAUAAUACGUAGUCGUGCCAUAAGUUCUGUCCCAUGAUAAUCUCAUGAUAAAAAUG